CUUGGGACCAUUGCCAUCCGCCAGCUCUCUUCCAGCCUUGUUCUCCACGAUCUGCCUGUCGAGUGUGAUCUAUACAGCGAUCAGAUAGCGUGCUUGCUGUUGCUUCUUUAUCUAGCUGAUCUUACCGAGAGAUCGAUAGUCAUUCGCGAUGUCGUCGUCGUAUGCGGGUCGUGUUCUAGAGCCAAUUAGCUUCUCCAACCCCUCUAAUAAGCAGCGUAUCGCUUACUUUUACGAUUCUGAUGUUGGAAAUUAUGCCUACGGUGCGGGUCAUCCGAUGAAGCCUCAUAGAAUAAGAAUGGCGCACAGUUUAGUGAUGAACUACGGCCUCUACAAGAAGAUGGAGAUCUACCGUGCGAAGCCGGCGACCAAGCAGGAAAUGUGCCAGUUCCACACUGACGAAUACGUUGAUUUCUUGUCUCGAGUCACUCCAGAUAACAUGGAGCUGUUCGCCAAGGAGCAAGUGAAGUUCAACGUGGGCGACGACUGUCCGGUUUUUGAUGGUCUAUUUGAGUUUUGCAGUAUCAGUGGAGGUGGUAGUAUGGAGGGCGCUGCACGCCUGAAUCGGGGAAAAUGCGACAUUGCAAUUAACUGGGCGGGCGGUCUUCAUCACGCAAAGAAGAGCGAGGCCAGUGGAUUUUGCUAUGUAAACGAUAUUGUUCUUGGAAUUCUCGAGCUUCUCAGAUAUCACCCGCGAGUCCUUUACGUUGAUAUUGAUGUCCACCAUGGAGAUGGUGUCGAGGAGGCGUUCUAUACGACCGAUCGUGUCAUGACUUGCAGUUUCCACAAAUAUGGCGAGUACUUCCCAGGCACGGGAGAGCUCCGCGACACUGGUAUCGGCAAGGGCAAAAACUAUGCAGUCAACUUCCCUCUGCGGGACGGAAUAGACGACGUUACCUACAAGUCAGUGUUUGUGCCGACCAUAACCGCGAUUAUGGAAUGGUACAGACCGUCUGCUGUCGUUCUUCAGUGCGGUGGCGAUUCGCUUUCCGGAGAUCGACUCGGAUGCUUCAACCUGAGUAUGAAGGGUCAUGCAAACUGUGUGAACUUCAUCAAGAGCUUUGGAUUGCCUACUCUGGUUGUUGGCGGUGGUGGCUACACCAUGCGCAACGUUGCUCGUACAUGGACUUUUGAGACCGGAUUGCUGGUCGGUCAAGAAGUUGGACCCGAAAUUCCAUACAACGACUACUACGAGUACUAUGGACCUGACUAUCAACUUGAAGUCCGCCCAUCAAAUAUGCAGAACGCCAACAGCGACGAGUACCUCGACCGAAUUCUGCAAACCGUGCUCGAGAACCUGUCCCGUACGAAGUUCGCCCCAAGUGUGCAGAUGACCGACGUUCCCAGGGACGCUCCGGAAGAAGAGCCAGAGGAAGAUACCGAGGAAGCCAAGGAGGCGAGAGGUGGAACCCAAGACGCCUGGGACGCGCACAUCCAGAAGGAUGGUGAGCUCAGCGACAGCGAGGAUGAAGGAGAAGGCGGUCGACGAGAUAUCCGUAACUACAAGGAUGGCGGCGACGAUAUGAUGGACUUGGACGACGACGAUGACGACGUCGAGAAGAAGCCAGAGACGGCGGCAGCUACUGCUUCGUAGAGGAGGGGAAAGAUAUUGGGUUUAUUUGUUGAUUUGAGGAUCAUGUAGUCAUACGUCUGACUUGUAUUUUGUAUGUUUAUGUUUAAUUUGAUUAGUUGUUACUCUGAUAUUUGUGUUUCUGUAGUGUUGAUAGUUGUCUUCGUGCUUGCUGUGGGUAUACAUUAUUAAGCAACUGACAAUGAUUAUCUAAUACCAAUUCAGGGGGAAACUUUACUGAGCAGAACAUCAAACCCUACAUUUCAAAUUAGGGUUACAAAAGCAGUCACAGUCACCGCGGGCAGGUCGGGCGGCGGUUGCUCCCAGCGCACAACCGGUCGAGCC